GGUUACCUCUUCUGUCUUUGUACAUAUUACUUUUUAAAUGAUCAGUUUCCUUAUAAUAAUUACAGUGUAAAAGUGAAUAUUUCUAUUUCCCUAGUGAAGGGUUAAAACAUGCUUUAUGAACUCUUAUGUGUUUGCAAUGGAUGCUGCUGCCCUGUGUUAGAUGCCUUUGUCUCUCAUACAGAUACCAGGCUUGUGUGGGUCUGGCAUCCAAGGUCAGCUCUCUACUAGAUGAAACCUGCUUUUUCUACUUCUGUGUGUUACUAAAAGAUCCUUUGUUAAGUUUCGCCUGAUGCAACAUAUAUAACAUCUGCCUGGCAACUGCUAUAUCCAAUUAUGUUAUGUCAAGUAUUAACCACCCCUACGUACCCCACCCAGGCACCUACCCCUAAGCCAAUGAGCCCUUUUACACUUGUCAGUUCCACCCAUAUGCAUUGUCUUAUAUACUCUUGUUAACUUUAUAAUAAACAGUGUGAAUUUUAACUGCUUGUGUGUGCAUGUACCUAGUGGUUAAAAGUUUACACUCCAGACGUCUGUAAGGCCAUCACAUCGAGGGUUAAAGAAAAUAAGGUCAAAUCCUUUCAGCUGGGGGUUAUGUCCGGGAUUCAGUGAUCGUCCCCGAAUAAUAAAGAUAGAAGAUUUAUUGUCUGUCUUUGCUAUGCGGGAUUGCGGUCAUACACUGAAGCUGAAUCCGUGUCAGUGUUCCGGGAACACGUGACAAGGUAAUAUUUAAGUCCGGGACUUAAUAUUACGAAGUUUUUAAAACAGGUAUCAGGGAUACCAUAGAAUCUUUAAUGUCUGGGACUUAAAGAUACGUCUGAGAAGGGACCAGGGGUCCGAGCGCACUUCUCCAAAGACGUUAGUAUCUGGGAUACUUAAAAUAGACCUGGGAGUCUAUACGUAACGUAGAGAAUACCCCGAUUUGAUCGCCUAUAUAUUUCUGUAUGUUUGUAGUGAGAUAAGUUCUUAUAUUUGGUCCAGACGGCUGGUAAGUUUUCGUCUGCCAGAUAUCUUUACUCAAACACUUUUCUUGCUUCCUGUCUAAAACGCUGUAUUUUUUCUGACAUCUUGUACGAAGGUAAGCGUACCCGUCAAAAGAUUUCAUGUUCUCAUUAUACAGAUAAUAUUGUGAUAUUGUCAAUGACUAAUUAACUGGUGUUAGCUAAUGCAUGCAUAGAAAGUUUUUGUAAAUUGCAUUUUUUUUGUUGUGAAAUUUCAUAGAAAGUCUUUUUGUUGUGAAAUUGCAUAGAAGGUUUUUUUUGUAAACUGCAUUUUUGUUGUGAUAUUGCAUAGACAGUUGUUGUGGGUUGUUGUGGAAAUUGCGUAGAAAGCUGGUGUAGAUUGCAUUUUUACUAUGGGAGGGACCUAUGUAUAAGUAGAGUGUCGUAUAUUUUAGAUAAUUUUCUUUUAAAAAGUUGUACUGUUGAUUUAUAUUACUGUCUGACAAUGGGCUCUAGUCAGAGUAAAAAAAACUGCAUAUCCCCCGCCCCUCCCUGGUGAGACAUGCAGGAUGUAUGUUGCCCGUAACUCUACCUCAGAGUAUUAUUUAGUUAACCCAUGGGUGGAUAAUUUAGCGGGAUGGACAGAGAAAGCAGGACGGGACCCAUUCCUACGGGAAGGCAGUAAUUACCUUUUCUAUAUGGAGAUUUAAGAAAAAAUGUCAGUUUCCAAUAGCACAGAAGCGAAGCUGCAGAGGAAUUGAACCUACACACUCCUUUAAAGUCGGAGACAGAGUCGUGGUGAAGGUGCUCCCCAGGAACAAGAGCCCAGGAGACUUCACCUAUGGUCCAGAGACAGAGGUCGUAGCAGUUACCCGAACAGCAGUCCUGACAGAGGAAAGUCCUACCUGGAUCCAUGCAUCCCGAGUAAAAAAAAAGGUUCCUAGACCAGACCUAGAGAGGGAAGCAAGUGAUUCCAGUGAGGUACGAACCGGGGCAGACAGCCCUGACCUCCCACCUAGCGAAGAAAGAAGAACAGAAGAAGAUGAGGAACCUGUCCCCUAUCUUUAUCCUGGGGACUACCUUGAUAGCCCUACUGGCCCUCACUCACCACACAAUAUGUGAGGUUGAUAUUACACAGACUAAUGGGAUCCCCACCUUGUGGUACAAUUCCUCCAAUACACACGUAGCCACAUAUAUCCUUGACUAUUUUAUGUUCCCCAAAAUUGCUGAUGACAAAUAUUAUAUACAACAAAGGAGGAAAUCAGGAAUGUCUGAGACAGUAUAUAUUUGUGUUACUGACGAAUGGUACUAUGACAAUAGAUAUUAUGGAUCUAAUUGUAAUUCCUGGGAAGCUGUGGGGUGGAAUACAGGAGUAGAUUGGAAAUAUGGCCCAUCGUUUGCAAAGAAUAGAUGGAGCAAAUAUGGAGUACCCCUACUUUCUAGACUAUCCAUUCAUAAGAUGGAUGAAGGCCCAAAUUCAUACAGGUUUAGACUAAACAUAGUGAAUCCUAGCAGAAGCGACAAUGAGACUUAUGUACUUGGUAUAUGGUGGCAAGCAGGGUAUUAUAGUGCAAGGCAAAUGUUUUAUUUAUGGGAUAUGUAUAAAAACCCAAAAUACCAGCCUAAAAUUGCUCCCCAAAACAAACCUUUAAAGCCCCAUAUUGCCACUUUUAAAGAUAUGGUGGCUAUUACUAACCCUACCUUUGAAGACACCCUAGCUAUUGAAACUGGUUUCUCUGACAUUAAUUUUUGGUUGGAAUGGAUGAAGUAUAGUGCUAACAAACACAAUAAAAGCAACUGUUAUGUCUGUGGCAAAUCUAGGCCCCACCUAGGUACAGUGCCCCUUAAUAUACCCCUAGAACAAGAAAAUUGUUUUUUUCAGCCUUUUUAAUGACACCAAAACAAAUGACAGUCAGUGCGAAAUGUGGAAAAGGGAAUAUCCCAUAUUGUCAAAAAAUCCCAACCCAGGAAGCACCAUAACCAUAUAUCCUGGAAACUAUACCUGUUAUACAUCUAACAUCACCCCAGGGAGAAAUUUAAAAACCUUCCCACCAGGGUAUUGUGCAAAUAAAAGAACAACUGUUUUAGUCAACCAAACUAGAUCAUUAGGCGACAUUUAUUACAUAUGUGGGAAACUGUAAAUAAAAACGUAGCCUGGAUUAAUUAUAUAUAUUAUAAUCAACAAAGAUUUGUUAAUGAUACCAAAGAUGCUCUUAAAGGUAUAGCUGAACAGCUAGAAGCCACUUCCCAAAUGACAUCCCAAAAUAGAAUGGCCCUUGACAUGAUCCUAGCAGAAAAAGGCGGUACAUGUGUUUACAUUAGUAAGGUGGAAGGCUGUUGUACAUAUAUUCCUGACAACACUGGUCCCAAUGGUAAGGUUACUUUAGCCAUAAACAAGUUAGAAACCUUAUCCAUAGAACUUAAGAAAAAUUCAGGUAUUGAUAACCCAUGGAGCCAAUAUUUUGGGUGGUUUGAAAAUUGGAAACAGGCUCUUGUGCAAAUAAGCAUAUUUAAACUCAUAACUUUAAUUCUUUUAGGCAUUAUAGUUUAUUGUGUAAUUCCCUGUGGAAAGAAACUUACCUCCAAAGGCAUUGAUAAGGCCCUGAUGUAUUAUGACAUAACCACCAGUCCUGUCACCUCCUCUGAUAGUAAGGGACCCGACGAUUAUGUCCAAUAUCUCAAGAACUGGAGGAACAAGAAAGGAGCCUCACUCAAGAAUCAUGUCAUAUAAUAAUCAUGAUUCUAAGAGGGGAUUGAAGGGUUACCUCUUCUGUCUUUGUACAUAUUACUUUUUAAAUGAUCAGUUUCCUUAUAAUAAUUACAGUGUAAAAGUGAAUAUUUCUAUUUCCCUAGUGAAGGGUUAAAACAUGCUUUAUGAACUCUUAUGUGUUUGCAAUGGAUGCUGCUGCCCUGUGUUAGAUGCCUUUGUCUCUCAUACAGAUACCAGGCUUGUGUGGGUCUGGCAUCCAAGGUCAGCUCUCUACUAGAUGAAACCUGCUUUUUCUACUUCUGUGUGUUACUAAAAGAUCCUUUGUUAAGUUUCGCCUGAUGCAACAUAUAUAACAUCUGCCUGGCAACUGCUAUAUCCAAUUAUGUUAUGUCAAGUAUUAACCACCCCUACGUACCCCACCCAGGCACCUACCCCUAAGCCAAUGAGCCCUUUUACACUUGUCAGUUCCACCCAUAUGCAUUGUCUUAUAUACUCUUGUUAACUUUAUAAUAAACAGUGUGAAUUUUAACUGCUUGUGUGUGCAUGUACCUAGUGGUUAAAAGUUUACACUCCAGACGUCUGUAAGGCCAUCACAUCGAGGGUUAAAGAAAAUAAGGUCAAAUCCUUUCAGACACACACACAGGGAAUGCUCAGACUGAGGACAGGACCCCACAAAGUCCUUUGGGGAGACAGAGAGAGAGUAUGCCAGCACACACCACAGCGCUAUAUAACACAGGGAUUUACACUAUAAAAAGUGAUUUACCCAAUAGCUGCUUAAAUAUCUUAUUUGCGCCUAAAUUUAUGUGCCCCCCCUCUCUUUUUUACCCUUCUUGUAUCAGGAUACUGCAGGGGAGAGCCUGGGGAGCUGCUUCCAGCGGAGCUGUGAAGGGAAAAUGGCGCUGGUGUGCUGAGGAAGAAGGCCCCGCCUCCUCAGCGGCGGGCUUCUGUCCCGCAUUUUAUGUAACUUAAUGGCGGGGUUUUUUACACAUAUACAGUUUUCAGACAGUUUUCAGACUGUAUUAUGUGUAUUUUAAGUGCCAAAAGGUAUUAUAAUUGCUGCCCAGGGCGCCCCCCCCAGCGCCCUGCACCCUACAGUGACCGAAGUGUGUGGUGUGCUGUGGGAGCAAUGGCGCACAGCUGCGGUGCUGUGCGCUACCUUAAUGAAGACAGGAGUCUUCUGCCGCCGAUUUCAUCGCUUCUCUUCUGUCUUCUGGCUCUGCAAGGGGGACGGCGGCGCGGCUCCGGGAACGGACGAUCGAGGUCAGGCCCUGUGUUCGAACCCUCUGGAGCUAAUGGUGUCCAGUAGCCUAAGAAGCACAAGCUAGCUGCAAGCAGGACCGUACAGAAGGCGGAGAUGGCGCUGGUCUCGGCGGACACCCGGGUGUCAGAGUUACUGAAUGAGCUGCACCAACUCAUCAAACAGACGCAGGAGGAGCGAUCGAGAAGUGAGCACAACCUGGUGAACAUCCAGAAAACUCACGAGCGGAUGCAGACUGAGAACAAGAUCUCUCCGUAUUACCGCACCAAACUGCGUGGUCUAUACACAACCGCCAAGGCCGACGCUGAGGCAGAGUGCAACAUCCUGCGCAGAUCUCUGGAUAAGAUUGCCGAGAUAAAGUCCCUUCUGGAGGAGAGACGUAUCGCUGCAAAGAUUGCCGGCCUGUAUCAUGACUCUGAGCCUCCCAGGAAGACUAUGAGACGGGGUGUGCUGAUGACGCUGCUCCAGCAGUCCGCCAUGACGCUCCCUUUGUGGAUUGGAAAACCCGGAGAGAAGCCGCCUCCAUUAUGUGGAGCCAUUCCAGCGUCCAGUGAUUACGUGGCCAAGCCUGGAGACAAGGUGGCAGCUCGGGUUAAAGCUGUGGAUGGAGACGAGCAGUGGAUACUGGCCGAGGUGGUCAGUUACAGCCACGCCGCCAACAAGUAUGAGGUGGACGACAUUGACGAGGAAGGAAAAGAGCGUCACACGCUCAGUCGCCGGAGGAUCAUCCCCCUUCCCCAGUGGAAAGCCAACCCAGAAACUGACCCGGAGGCUCUGUUCCAGAAAGAUCAACUAGUGCUGGCGCUGUACCCCCAGACCACCUGUUUCUACCGCGCCCUGAUCCACACCCCGCCGCAACGGCCCCAGGACGAUUACUCUGUGCUGUUUGAAGACACGUCUUAUGCCGAUGGUUACUCUCCUCCGCUGAACGUGGCACAGAGAUAUGUGGUCGCCUGCAAGGAGCCAAAGAAAAAGUGAAGAAAUGUUUCUGCACAUUGCAGUACGGUGAUGGAACUGGUCCUGCAGGGUCUAAGUCUGUUUAGGGGUUUUAACUGUUGUUUUUUCUGUUUCACAAUCUGUUAUCGCCUUAUGUGUGUGACUCGUAUCCUAUGUCUAUCCUCCUCUGUGGAUCUGUCAGCAGUGUAUACUGUAGAGAUUUAUUUAUUUUUUCCCUUUCCUACAUGGAGCUUUUAGGUUUAAAAAUAUAUCUAAACAUAAAAGUAAUGACAUUCUUUCCAACCUUAAAUCUGUACUUUCCCCUUGACGUCCUGACAUCCGCCUGCUGUGCCCGCGUAUUUGGGUUACCUCCAGGCUCGCUGUGUGGGAGUAGGACCCAUCAGUCCAGAUCUUAUAACUACCAAAAAAUUCUGCCGCACAUGGCCCACUGUAUCCCCCACCCACAGAUACGUCUAUUUUCCCCAACCGUCCCUCUAGUUCUCUGUAUCAAGACUUAUUUUUAUAGCGGAAUAAUGUAAUAUUUGAUAGGACAGCACGGUGUGUAUAUAUAUUUUCUUUGCUGCCUUUUUACUGUAAAAAUAUUGAUGUAUGAAGUCACUUGUCACCACUACUGUACUACAGGACGAUGCUGCAGGUGUUGUGAUUGUCUAUAUGUGAUGGGGAGAGAUUUGUGGCUGGGUGGGAGUAUAUAAAAUGUUCCACUGGGGCUGGACAAAACGCUGACACUGUCUAGAAUCCUGGACAUCUUCUUCCACCAUCAUUGUUUUACUAUUGGCUGAUGGGGGCUCGGAUUCCCAUCCCACCAGGAACCAGCACACAAACUCGGUGAAUACUACAUACUACAGUAUAAUACUGUGCACCGUUCAGCAUUACUCAGUACAAAAUAUGGAUCAGCUUGAUGAUGCCUCCUCCGUAUAAUGUCUUGUGGUAUACUGACCACUGGCCCGGGUGGCUGCAGAUCAUUUAGCCCCAGGAAGGUCAAGACGUACACCAGAUCCUGGGUUGGAGACUGGCCCGUGUUGCAUACUCCGCCAUAUGCUCUACACUGCUGUCCUUUCAUGUAUUAGCCUUCAGAAAAAGGAUGCUGUAUGCUGUCCACGAAUAGUCACAUGGGGCCCGGCUGCGUCAUUGUACAAUAGUCCCACAAGGGCUGAAAUGUGUAUAUAUAAAAGCAAAGGUCUUAUGUAUGGUCUAAAUGUAUAUUUGUUUUUUGCACAUUGCUAUAUUAAAAUCUGGCUGCAAUAAAAACAUUGAUACUCAA